AAGAGUUUGACAAAAGCAGCUAAAUUUAAAGUCGGCGAUGUAAUGAGUGGGUGAAGAAGGAACAACCCCAAAGUUUAGCUGACAAUUUCUUCAUUUCCCUCAAUUCUCCGAUUCCCUCACACUCCACACGCCACCGUUCCGAAUCUCUAUUUAACAACCGCCGCAGCUCCUCCAGUUAAUGUCGAUUUGAUGGAUACCAAUAAUUGGAGACCUAAUCAAGGCGCUGAACCUAUUAUGGAUAAUAAUGAUUGGAGAAGUCAACUGCAGCCUGAGUCCCGCCAAAGAAUUGUUAAUAAAAUAAUGGACACAUUAAAAAGGCACCUUCCUGUUUCUGGUCAAGAGGGCUUGCAUGAACUUCGGAAGAUUGCUCAAAGAUUUGAGGAGAAGAUUUUUACUGCUGCAACAAGCCAGCCUGACUAUCUGAGGAAGAUCUCUUUGAAGAUGCUUACUAUGGAGACUAAAAACCCAGGCAAUAUGGCUGGUAAUUUACCAUCAAAUCAAGGUGGGACUAGCAACAAACCUCCUGAUCCAGGACUCGUUAUGCAGCCUCAAGUUCACAAUGCAGGGCAGCAACAUCCUAUGCCAUUGCCUAACCAACCCCAGCCACGCCAGCAGCUUCUAUCUCAGAACAUUCAAAAUACCAUUGCAUCACAACCAAACUUGCCACCAGUUUCUAGUCUAGCACCGACUCCCAUCCAAAAUGUUGGCCAGAAUUCCAGCGUGCAGACUAUACCUGGACAAAAUUCAGUCGGGAGCACUCUUGGGCAGAACUCCAAUAUGCAAAAUGUAUUUCCUGGUUCCCAGAGACAAAUACCUGGAAGGCAGCAGGUUGUUCCCCAGCAACAGCAGCAGUCACAGAAUUCACAGCAAUAUAUGUAUCAACAGCAACAGCAACAGCUUCAGCAGCAAAUUAUGAAGCAUAAGAUCCAAAUGCAGCAGCAACAACAGCAGCAGCAGCAGCAACAGCAGAACCUUAUACAACCAAAUCAGUUGCAAUCCUCUCAGCAGUCCAUGAUGCAAACAAUGCAGACAUCCUCUAUACCUAGCAUGCAACACAAUCAACAAUCUAAUAAUGUCCAACAGUCAACACAGUCCAUGCUUCAACAACACCCCCAAGUUAUGAGGCAGCAACAACAGGCAUCUAUUAUUCAUCCGCAGCAGACACAAAUGUCUCAACAGUCAAUAUUGGCUCCACAACAACAGCAGCAGCAGCAGCAGCAGCAGCAACAACAGCAGCUUUUGGGAUCUCAGGCAAAUACAACAAACAUGCAACAUGCAUCAAUGCUUGGACAACAAAAUAAUGUUGGUGAUAUGCAACAACCACAGCGGUUGGUUCCUCAGCAGAAUAAUCUCUCGAACCUGCAACAACAACAAUUAUUAAAUCAACAAAAUAACUUAUCAAAUAUGCAACAACAGUUGGCAAAUAAUGUCAACUCAGGCAUGCAAACAAGCCAGCACUCUGCACACAUGCUACAACAAUCGAAGGUUCCAUUGCAACAACAGUCACAACAAAAUGCAUCAAAUUUGUUAUCAUCCCAAACACAGCAGCCACAACCACAGGCUCCACAGCAGCAAAUGAUGGCUCAGGUUCAAUCUCAGCCUGCACAGUUGCAACAGCAAUUGGGCUUGCAGCAGCAGACAAAUCCGUUGCAACGAGAUAUGCAAAGACUUCAGGCAUCAAGCUCCUUACUUCAACAGCAAAGUGUUCUUGAUCAACAAAAGCAAUUAUAUCAAUCGCAGAGACCCAUUCCAGAGACUUCAUCGACUUCUGUUGAUUCAACUGCACAAACUGGACAGCCAAGUGCUGGUGAUUGGCAAGAAGAAGUGUAUCAGAAGAUCAAAAUCAUGAAAGAAAAUUACUUGCCAGAGUUGACUGAAAUGUACCAGAAAAUUGCCUCUAAACUUCAGCAGCAUGAUUUACCCAACCAACCAAAGUCAGAUCAACUUGAAAAGCUGAAGGUAUUUAAAUUGAUGUUGGAGCGUAUUAUAGCAUUCCUCCAGGUGUCCAAGGGAAGCAUUUUACCUAAUUACAAGGAUAAAAUGAGUUCAUAUGAGAAGCAGAUUAUAAACUUCAUAAAUACAAAUAGACCUAGGAAAGCCCCAGGACAACUUCCCCCAACUCAUAUACACUCAAUGUCACAGUCACAAUCCCAAGUCACUCAGGUCCAGUCUCAUGAAAAUCAAAUGAACUCUCAGUUGCAAACAACAAAUAUACAAGGUUCUGUACCGAUGACACAGCAGAAUAGUAUGACAAGUAUGCAGAUGUCUGGUGUAUCACCAGCACAACAAAAUAUGAUCAAUUCAAUGCAAUCCGGUACCAAUUUAGAUUCAGGACAAGGCAAUGCUAUUAACUCUCUGCAGCAGGUUCCAGUGAGUUCCCUUCAACAGAACCCUGUUAGUGCUCCUCAGCAAAGUAACGUUAACUCAUUGUCUUCACAAGGUGGGGUAAAUAUCAUCCAAUCAAAUCUUAAUUCCCUCCAGCCAGGUUCAAAUAUGCUUCAACAGCAGCAACUAAAACAGCACGAACAGCAGAUAUUGCAGAGUCAACAGCUCAAACAGCAAUAUCAACAGCGGCAAUUGAUACAGAGGCAGCAGAUGCUACAACAGCAGCAGCAGCAGCAGCAACAACAGCAACAGCAACAGCAGCAGCAGCAGUUACACCAGUCAGCAAAGCAACAGUUGCCGGCACAAUUGCAGACACAUCAAAUGCAACAACUUCACCAAAUGAAUGAAGUAACCGAUAUAAAGGUGAGGCAAGCAAUUGGUGUUAAGCCGGGUGUCUUUCAGCAAAAUCUUAACUCCAACCAACGUUCAGCUUUUUCUCAUCAACAGCUGAAACAAGGGAAUUCUUUUCCAGCUUCUUCACCCCAACUCCUUCAGGCUGCGUCUCCUCAGAUUCCACAGCAUUCAUCUCCUCAGGUUGACCAACAAAAUCAUCCUCCGUCUCUCACAAAAGCUGGUACCCCUCUGCAAUCUGCCAACUCACCUUUUGUAGGCCCUACUCCUUCACCUCCUUUGGCUCCAUCUCCUAUGCCAGGAGAUUCUGAGAAGCCCAUUCCUGGGCUCUCUACAAUGUCAAACGCUGGUAAUGUUGGACACCAACAAACAAGUAGCACAGUAGCACCUGCUCAAUCCCUUGCCAUUGGAACUCCUGGGAUAUCAGCCUCCCCAUUACUAGCGGAGUUUAGUGGCCCAGAUGGUCCUCAUGGUAAUGCCUUGGCACCCACUUCUGGAAAGUCAUCUGUAACUGAUCAGCCUCUUGAGCGCCUAAUUAAAGUGAUGAAAUCCAUGUCAUCCAAAGCAUUAACUGCCGCAGUCAGUGAUAUUGGUUCAGUUGUCAGCAUGAAUGAUAGAAUAGCAGGAUCGGCUCCAGGUAAUGGAUCCAGAGCUGCUGUCGGGGAAGACUUGGUUGCCAUGACUAACUGUCGUCUUCAGGCCAGAAAUUUCAUCACCCAAGAUGGUGCCAAUGGAACCAGGAGGAUGAAGCGCUAUACUAAUGCUACCCCUUUGAAUGUUGCAUCAUCUGCUGGUAGCAUGAACGAUAGCAUUAAGCAAUUAACUUUGGAGGCAUCUGAUUUGGAGUCAACUGCAACGUCUAGCAUCAAGAAGCCAAGGAUUGAGGCUAAUCAUGCACUUUUGGAAGAAAUCAGGGAGAUUAAUCAGCGACUUAUUGACACAGUAGUAGAUAUAAGUGAAGAAGAAGUUGAUCCAACUUCAGCUGCUGCAGCUGCUGAUGGGGCAGAAGGGACCGUUGUCAAAUGUUCCUUUGUUGCUGUGGCUCUCAGUCCGAGCUUAAAAUCCCAAUAUGCUUCUGCACAGAUGUCUCCGAUUCAACCCCUGCGCUUGCUUGUUCCUACAAAUUAUCCUAAUUGUUCUCCUUUACUUCUUGACAAGUUUCCAGUUGAAUCCAGUAAGGAGAACGAAGAUCUUUCACUGAAGGCAAAGGCGAGGUUUAGCAUAUCCCUGAGAAGUUUAUCACAACCAAUGUCUCUUGGGGAGAUUGCAAGGACCUGGGAUAUCUGCGCUCGCACAGUUAUUUCUGAGCAUGCUCAACAGAGUGGUGGAGGAAGCUUCAGUUCUAAGUAUGGCACUUGGGAGGAUUGCUUGACCAGUGCAUGAUCGUGGCAUUGACACGGUACCCCUUUUAUCCCUUGUUUUGCCUUGGGCUCUGUAAUGAUUGGAACUCGUCAUUGUGUCAAAUUGUCAAUUAUACAAGACAUUUUAUACAAGACAGACGCCUAAGAUAAUGCCUGCUGUAGUAAAUAUGUGAAUUAAUCAGAUUGCCACGGUCAUGUACCCUUAAAGUUAUGAAUGUUGCUGUAAUGUAGCUGUUGGUUGUUAUUAUUAUUGACAAAGAAUAGGGCAGUUUGUGUAGUGGUGGACUUCGGAGACUAAAUAUUUGCAAAUAGGGUUUUCUCCUAUGUUUUCUUUCGAUGUCAUGUAACAUGUUUCUCCGUGCAAAUUUAUACGCUUUAUGCAGAAAUUUGUAUUAAGAGAGCUAUGGGAGAAUUACAGGGAAGUUAUAAGAAGUGGAUUGUCAAAUUAGCAUA